ACCAUCCACUUGCGCAGUAUCACUGGAAGUCACUCUCCCUGACAUAACCAUGCAGGCCUCAUCGCUCUCCCUAACGAGGUCCGGCCUCCCCCCGCCCACCCCGAACCGUCCCCGAAUCGGCCUCUCCCGGCCAUUGGCUGUGUCUGCGGUGGCCACCCCGCCGCUUCCGAAGCCUCUUAAACACCAGAAGACCCACUCGAUGCCGGCCGAGAAGGUUGAGAUCUUCCGGUCGCUCGAGAACUGGGCUGCCCAGAAUGUACUGCCACUGCUCAAGCCCGUGGACCAGUGCUGGCAGCAGAUGUUCCUGCCCGACUCGUCCAUGCCGCUGGACGAGUUCCAGGACCGGGUGCGGGAGCUCCGGGAGCGGACCGCCGAGCUCCCUGACGACUACUUCGUCGUGCUCGUGGGGGACAUGAUCACGGAGGACGCCCUCCCGACCUAUCAGACGAUGAUCAACACGCUGGACGGGGUGAGGGACGAGACAGGGGCCAGCAGGAACCCGUGGGCAAUGUGGACCCGCCAGUGGACCGCGGAGGAGAACCGCCACGGGGACCUGCUCCGGAGCUAUCUCUACCUCUCGGGCCGGGUUGACAUGUUAAUGGUCGAGCGGACCGUCCAGUACUUGAUCGGGUCUGGAAUGGAUCCGGGGACGGAGAACAACCCGUACCUGGGCUUCGUGUACACAUCCUUCCAGGAGAGGGCGACGUUCGUCUCCCACGGCAACACCGCCCGGCUGGCCAAGGAGGGCGGCGACCCGGUGCUGGCCCGCAUCUGCGGCACCAUCGCCGCCGACGAGAAGCGCCACGAGAACGCCUACUCGAAGAUCGUCGAGAAGCUCCUCGAGGUGGACCCGACCGGCGCCGUCCUCGCGAUCGCCGACAUGAUGCGGAAGAAGAUCACGAUGCCGGCGCACAUGAUGACCGACGGCGAGGACCCGAGGCUGUUCGAGCGGUUCUCGGCCGUGGCGCAGCGGCUCGGCGUCUACACGGCGCAGGAUUACGCGGACAUCCUGGAGCACCUGAUCGGGCUGUGGCGGCUGCAGAAGCUCGAGGGGCUGACGGGGGAAGGGAGGGAGGCGCAGGAGUUCGUCUGCGCGCUACCGGCGAGGAUCCGGCGGCUGCAGGAGCGAGCGGACGAGCGGGCUCGGAAGCUCCCGCCGCAGAAGGUAAAGUUCAGUUGGAUUUUCAACAGGGAGCUGACUCUGUAGGACGGUGUCGUUUGGGAGCGUGGCAACUUCGUAAAUGCACUAGCUGUUGGGCCCCUGUGGAAAGUUUUUGAGUCCUAAUUAUGUACUCGACAAUGAUGUUAGGUCCCCGUUUUGUAAGUUUAAUUUAAUUAAUUAAUUUUUCUCUCCCUCUUUUUUCA